GCUGGAAUGAACACAUCUGUUUGGGAGGAGCAGCCGGUGGGUGGCGGAGGCCUACGGGGGGAGGAAUGGACGGGCUUUCUGCCUGAGCGUUGCCCCGGCAUUAACCAAGCUGGCUGCCUGGGUGAUUAACUGAGCCUCGGAUGUGCAGACCUGGCGUUUUGUCUGGUCUGGGCAGAAGCCGGCCCACUUCCCUCUUUGUUCAGGAGGUGUGUGUUGGCCCCAGCUGGGUGGUGGAGACCAUGAACUGUUAGUUUUUCCUGAUUUUUUUUGCAUCUCUUGGGAGCGGAGGGCCCAGAAGCCAUGUCGGAGUUACUGCUCCUGGGCCUGAUUGCGGCCCUGCUGCUGACCCUGCUGCUGACCCUGUUGGGUUUCGCCGUGUACUCUGGGCUUCUGGAAGACGUCGUCGUGAGCGCGGGCUCUCCCCCGAUCCGGAACAUCACCCUGGCCUACAAGUUCCACGUGGGUCCCUACAAGGAGUCAGGCCGCUUGUUCACGGAGAGCUGCAGCAUCUCUCCACGUCUUAGUUCCAUUGGGGUCUACUAUGACAACCCCCACACGGUCCCUCCGGAGAAGUGCCGCUACGCCGUGGGCAGCAUCCUGAGCGAGGGCGAAGAGUCGCCUUCCCCCGAGCUCAUCCGCCUUUACCAGAAGUUUGGGUUCAAGAUCUUCUCCUUCCCAGCGCCAAGCCAUGUCGUGACGGCCGUCUUCCCCUACACCACCGCACUGUCCAUCCAUCUGGCCGUCCACAGGGUCCAUCCCGCCCUGGACGCAUACAUCAAGGAGCGGAAACUCUGUGCCCACCCCAGACUGGAGAUCUACCAGCAGGACCAGAUCCACUUCGUGUGCCCGCUGGCCCGUCAGGGUGACUUCUACGUGCCUGAGGUAAAGGAGACGGAACGCAAAAGCCGAGCAGCUGCUGAGGCAGAUGACGCCCAGACGGAUGUCACAGGAGCUGACACGCUGAGCGAUACCAGCUCCGUCAGUCUGGACGCAGGCCCCGGGAGCCGCGAGAACUCGGCCGCCACCUCCACCCUGUCCCCCGGUGUGGCGGGUCGCGGCUGGGAUGACGCCGAUAACCGGAGCGAGCACAGCUACAGCGAGUCGGGGGCCAGUGGUUCCUCCUUCGAAGAGCUUGACCUGGAGGGAGAAGGAGCCUCGGGUGACCUCCGCUUUAGCCACGAGGCUGAGCCCCCCGGGCCCAAGUGGGCCAAGGAGCGCAGCACCCCGGAGAAGGAUGAGGAGUAGGUGCCCCUUGUGGUCCAGGCCUCUGCCUCUCAGCCCCCCUCUCCUCGGGCUUAAUCAAAGAGGAACUGAUCAAAUUCAUCCUUCCCCACCCUGACCUGGCCUGGCCAGGCUUGCCUCUCGCCCCUCUCCCCUAGACCCUCACUCUGAGGGCUGGGGCCCAAUGCAGCCCCAGAUGACCCUGUGGGGCUGCCGCCUGCUGACCAGGCUGGGGGUUAUCUUGGUCCCCUGCGCCCCGAGCUCUUUGCUCUGUUCUUUCUCCUCUCUCCCUGGCCUGUUAUUCCCAGCCAGCUGGAGAGAGCACAGCCUCUUCCCUCCCAUUUGCCCCUCCCUCAUCAGUCUCUUUUUCAGACUCACAUUGGGACUUUUAGGAUCCAGAAUAAAGCAGAUGAUUUUCGUUUCA